AUGAAGUUCCGAGGAAUCUUGCUUGUGGGUGCUGCGCUGGCUUCCGGCGCCGCUGCGGCGUGCAACCGUACGUUCCUGGUCGAUGCCACCGACAAGUACGUGGCAGCCCAGGCCGAGGGCAAGCCGGCGACGCUGACAGCCAUCACCGCCGACAAUCUCAACUACACCGAGAGCGACAAGACGGUCGACAUCACGACGGGCGUGCUCGCCCAGCCCAUGAAAAUCGACCACAAUCGCAGCAUCCACGACACCACGCUGUGCGCGACCUUUACCGAGCUGAUCGUCACCGACCCAGCCAAGCCCUAUGUUAUUGCCACGCGCAUGGUCUUCACCAACGACAAGGCCAGCCUCAUCGAGACGAUCGCGACGAAGCCGGGCGACUGGGCUUUCAACGCCACGGGCUACCUGCACUGGAACUCGCUGGAGAACUGGGACCCGAUCCCGGCGGACAAGCGCGACACGCGGGCGGUGAUCCAAGCCGCGGGCGACGCCUACUUCAACCGCUUCGACAACGCGAGCUACGCGGUGCCCUUCGGCACGCCGUGCGCGCGGCUCGAGGGCGGCGCGUACACGGACCCGCGCGGCGCCGGCGGCAACACGUGCAGCCUCGGGCUGCCGUCGACCAUCGUCGUCACCAACCGCCGCUACGUCGUCGACGAGGAGAUGGGCGCCGUCUCCAUCUUCCUCGGCUUCCCCGGCCUGGACCGCUCGGUGCCGCAGGAGCCGAUGCCGGACAGCCAUCUUUUCAGGGUUGAGGGCGGCAAGAUUCGGUAUAUCCACACUGUCUCCGCGUGCGUGCAUGCCGGGUGCGGCUUGAACGGGACUGGGAUUCCCGCUUGA